AUGUGUACCGCAAUUUUCAGUGGUCAAUGGUUAUCUAAACAGAAACAACCAAUCGUCGGCUACCUAGCAUUGUCGCUACAAUUUUCAAGCUUUUAUACGUGCGUGGCAUCAACCGUCAAUCGACUGCUCGCUAUUUCUUGCCCUGUUCGAUACAAUAAUUGGUGUGGCCGCAAGCAGACACUGUUUUGGAUUAUAGCGUGCUGGUUGAUUGCGUGGGCUCAUAACAUCAUUCUUUUGAAAGAGGACUGUAGCUUUACAUUCAAUGCUGGAACACGCCAACUGGCAUUCAGCCCUGAACCAUGUGGACGAGUGCUAUCUCUCUAUGUUGAUCUGAUUUAUAAUCUUGUAACAGCAAUCAUUACCUUGCUAGCAGAUGUUUAUUGUGUGGUAAGACUGGUACACGCAGAAAGG